GUGCAGACCCCGGGCAUCUCGUAAGCAUCACACAAAUGUGGGUGGGGUCGCUUUGAUGCGCAACCAGACAGCAACGUGCACUCCACAGCAAAACCCCAAAGUCCAUUUAAACUUCAGAACAAAUAGCCUGCAGGAGGAGACAGUGGGAGGCGUGGGGACUUCUGCUUUCCUCAGUCUCCUGCAAAGCUCGGUGAGCGUAGAGAAUUGCAUAAAGCUUUAAGGAGCAAUAACCCUGACUGGGCAGAAACUGAGAGGGCACAGGGGGAGAGGAGGAGCACUUCCAAGUCUUCAAGUCGUGAGUAAGACGUUUAUUUACUCCUUUAUCCCCAAUCUAGAGUUUUUUUCUGCGCAUAUUUUGCCUCCUAGUAUUUAUCACCAUGGCAUGGCCGUGCAUUACGCGUGCUUGCUGCAUCAACCGCUUCUGGAGCGAGCUGGACAAAGCGGACAUCGCGGUGCCUUUGGUUUUCACCAAAUACUCGGAUGUGGCCGACGUGCAGCAUCUUCCACAUCACCCGCAGCCGAGGCAGAAGAGGGCCGGAGCCAUUGCCAUAGAAACCCAGCCCCAUCUCGGCGAGCAGGAGGCUGGGAAGGCACCGCCCGCGACGGGUGCCGCAGCGGGCAAAGAUGGCUCUACUGCGUCCGUCAUGCGCCAAGACUUCAAGGCGUGGAGAGUGCGCCCCGAGCCCAGCUGCAAACCCAGAAACGAGUACCAACGCUCGGCGGCUCCGUUCAACACCGAGACUCAGUAUCAGAAGGAUUACAAGCCCUGGCCUAUACCGAAGAAGCACGACCACCCCUGGAUCCCCAAACCCAGCCCCACCGCCACCUCCUCCGCUGGGCCGGAGCGGAGCGGCAAGCUGGAGCACGCGGCCGCUGAAGUGGAGAGCGGCGUGGAGAAGAGCGAGAUAGAGGAGAAAACACACGAGAAAGAGUCAAAGGAGGUGCCCAAGAAGAGUGUGAAGAGGGAAAAGUCAGCAGAGAGACAGACGGGUGAGAAGACGGAGGAGCAGGUGCCUGCAGAUGUGAGCGUCGAGCAGAGGAAAGGCAGAGCAGCUGCAGACGCUCUCAACAGACAGAUAAAGCAGGUGAUGUCGACUUCCAGCAGCUACAGGACUGAGUUCAAGGCGUAUAAGGAUGUGAAGCCAGUGAAGCCCAUUAAAGCUCCUUCCCAGUAUAAACCCCCAGUGGAGGAGACCAGUCUGGAGACCAGCUACAGCGCCACAUACAAGGGGGAGCAGGUGAAGGCUAUCCCCACUGACAACAAGCUGUUGGAGCGCAGGAGGAUACGCAGCCUGUACAGUGAGCCCAGCAAGGAGUCUGCCAAGGUGGAUAAACCAGUGUCUCGCUCCAAACCAAAAAAGACACCAGCAACAACAACAGCGAAGAUGGUGAAAAAAUCAAAAGAGAAGCAGAUUGCUAGUUCCCAGUCGACCAAGAAGAAAUCGUCUCCGGUCGCCCCAGAACCCAAACCAGAGGGAGUCGUCACAAAGAAGAGCAAAGAGAUCAGCAAUAGACUGGCCGAAGCGAAGCAGUAAAAGUAGUUCAUCUCUACACUUUUGUGUGGUGAUCGAAGGCGACUUGACAAAUUAGGCAACUUUCUUCCUUUUGGUUUAUUGCCUUACCUGUUGUUUUUGCUGUCCUGUCAUAUAUUGUUCACCUCUGAAUGAGCACUGAUGUUGAGCUUUUAGAAUAAUGCAAAUAAUUCCACUGUAAAAUGUGUGUGUGAGAGUGUGUGUGUGUGUGUGUGUGUGUGUGUGUGUGUGUAAAUGUGUGAAGGUGUGAUUCCUUGUAUUUUGGUGCACAGAACCGCUUUAUAUUAUUGAGCACAUUAUUUGCACUUUGUUUAUAUGAGUUCAGUUUGACAUCAAACUAUCAAAAAGAGCCAUCAGUACACAUGGAGUAUGUGUAUAACAGGGCAUUUCUACCUUUGAAUGGAUGACAGAUCAUCAUUAAAAUGAUUGUAGAAAAUGUCAAAGGGAUACUUUUGUCUCUGAGACUGUAUCACAUAAGAGGUUUUGUGGACAUGCAAAAUCUGUUUUACGAUUGCGUUUCCUGGUUACAGUGCCUCCGCUGUAUGGUCCUGGUUUUCAUUUCAUUGUUCUGGAUGAUAUCUGGUCUUAUCAGUUUGGUUGCUAAGGAACCAAAUGAACUGUAAUAUAAUUGCUACAGCUUGCAUGCAGGACCCUGUUUUUGGUUGAGUAGCGACAUUUUAGCAGACUAUAUGUCACAGUCACAUUUUAGCUUGUAAAUUGAGCCAUUAACAAUAAAUGUAUAGGGGCAAGACCUUUUCAAAUAUAAUGCAUGUGUAGUAUUAGACUCUGGUCACACCGAAAAACUAAACACUAAAUAAAAUCAUAGUCUAGUGGCGGUUAGAGCUAUAAACUUAAUACACCAGCAAUAUGGUUUCACACACAAACAUAUUUCUUGCAAUCUAAAUAGAGAUCCACUUCUUCAAUUUAAUGGGAAUACUGCAGUUUUUAUGAUGACUCAGUAUUUUGUGACAGUGUACUUCAUCCUCUCCUCCGAGCUGUGAUGCCGUAAUUGUGCUAAAUAAGAAAAAAAAUAUGCAUAUAGGCCUGAAAAAGGAGAACCCUUUGUAUUUACUCAAUAAAUGUCACUCUGGAAGCAAAUAAGAGACAUAAUAUAUAUUUAUAUUUUGACAGCCACUGAAUACUUAACAUUGAACUUAAAAAAAACACUGAAUUAAUAGCAUUGAAAUAUUCUAAUUUGAAAAGCAUGGAUCUAAAUGUAUUUGUUCUGACUUUACCUCUUUAAAAUUACAAUAUGAAAUUUCUUGAACUGCAAUUUCAAUUUAAAAUAAAAAAUAAAAAAAAUAGAUUCAGGUUGCUCAAAUUUGAUCGGUCAAUCAGGUCUAAAAAUUCAGGUUGACAAAAUUCAAAUAGUUACAUCUCGGAUGCCAUUCAGAUUAAGCUUUUGAAAUUGCCUAUCAAUAAAUUUAUUGUUGUGUCAAAGAGGUGAAUUCUGAACAAAUAUAUUUGGAUAUAUGGUUUUCAAAGUAAAAUGUUCAAAAGCCAUGGAUUUAAUGUUUAAAUGUUAAUGUGAAGUAUUCAGUGGUUGUUAAAAUUCAAAUUCAUGUCUCGUCUUUGCCUCUGUAUCACUCUGAAUGGGCUGAUCUCUCCAGGUGUUGAAGGACAAGGAAUGGGCCAGGACUUGAAGUUCAGCUCUUUAAAAAUGCUGCUGUCUGAAAAUGCGCAAAAUCACAUCAAUUCAUCGUGAGCGUGACACGGGGUGUUUUUUUUUCCUAAAACCCUCAGCGGCUGACGUGGCUGCAGUGUGUGAGAGCCCAGUCGAGCACUACCCACCGUGAGUCUGCUUCCAGUUUUAGCUUCUGUGUGUGUGUGCGAGUGUGAGUGAGAGAGGUUUUUGUGUAUGACCUUUACAGCCUGCUGCCUGCUAGCAUCAAGUCUGACCCUACCACUGGACGUGCUGCUAUGCACAACACCCUGGUGCUAUAUCUCUCGUUGUAUGUGCUGCCUGGUUUGGACUGCGUGUGGCGUCAGACCAGAGUGAAAUGAUGAUAUGAUAACGUCAUACCGCUGUAGACAUGUUGUGAUAUUGUGCUUGUGCUCUCCGCUUGCUCUGAAUGAACUCUGAUUAAAAUGAUGAUACAGAA